AUGAUGCUGAUCAAACCAGACCCCAAUUCUUCCGCCGCCGUGCCGGUGUGCGGCAACUGCCGCGUGGAGGAGCGGCUGCUUCUCCUCCACCACGUCCGCCACCGCAGCGUCUUCCUCCGCCUCUGCACAACCUGCGUCCUCCGCCUCCACUCACACAACUUCUGCCCCACCUGCUUCCAAGUCUACCCCCCUCCGCCUCCCUCCAACGACGGCGUUCGCAACUGCUCCAAAUGCUACUCCGUCACCCACCCCCACUGCGCCGAUUCCGCCGGCGGCGGCCCCGCAUUCCCCCCCGCCUCCUACGUCUGCCCCCUCUGCCUCCACCCCGACAAGCCCGUAUUCAAAUUGAAAUCAGCAAAAGAGGCAAAUGUAGACAUCGGCGGCGGCGACGAUUGCACUGCGAUGAUGAUGGACAGAGAUUCCGCGAAGAAGUUUAUGGCCGCCGCAAAAAUCGCGUCCGCAUCCAUGAACAGCGCGGCGGCGGCGGCGAAGGGAGAGGCGGAGAGACGGGCUAAGGAGGCGGCAGUGGCGAAGAGAAGGGCUAAAGAAUCGUUGGACACGUCGCUCGUUUGGUGGUGA